AUUCAUUUUCGAUUUGCCAAGGCGACACCUUCUCAAGAUGGAAUUCGACGCCCCUACGUUUGCCGACGCUUCGUUGACGCUGGAUGCGGCCACCAAGGCGGUGGUUGCCACGGAAGCCUUGGUCCCUGGCCAAGUGAUCUUUGCGGAAGUUGCGACCGUGUCGUCUGCCGGUGGCAUUGAACCGGAGGAAGGAUUCCACGACGAACACUGCGACGACGACGAGUGCGCCGGGUGCGCGGCGGUCAACGACGACGACGAACCUGUGGACGAAUUGGAUGAAGCGGAUUUGACCACGGUGUCUCCGUACGUGGUGGAACACUUUGACGAGCUCAUGGACACAUGCGAGCCCCAUGAAGCGUUGUCGUUGGUAGACGUGCGCAAGAACUUGUUCAAGUUGUUGCACUUGCACACGUCGAACGCGGCGGCGUUGACGCCUUUCUUGUCCAUGGACGUGCUGGCCGACGACGUCGUGGCGUCGUUGGAUGCCGCCAAGUCGCUGCGCGAAGCCCAUGCGUCCGUUAUCCCGUCCUCGUUGACCGACGACCAAGUCGGCCACCUCAUCGGCGUGCUCAACAAGUACGCGAUCCCGUUAGACGACAUUUCCGGCUCCGGCUUGUUCCUUCACGUGUCCAAGCUCAAGCACAGCUGCGAACCCAACGCAAGCUUCACGGACGCCGGUGAAGCCAUCUGGAUCACGGCCAUCCGCCCCAUUGCCGUCGGCGAGCCGAUCACCGUCGAUUUCUUCAACACCCACUACAUGUGCGCCGCCGAGCGCGUCGAAGUGCUCACGGCGGAAGGUCAAGCAUGCACAUGCGGCGUGUGUGUGGGCACCGCGCCCGACAAGACACGGGCAUUCAAAUGUCAAGUCGACGGCGGCUGCGACGGCCUCGUCCAUCCGACCCAAGCCGUGUUUGCAUGCACCAAAUGUGGCGCGAUAUGGGACGCCGACACGGUGGCGGCCGCGGAAAUGGAAGAAACCACGUUCACAACAGACUUGGAAGCCGACAGCUUUGCCCAACUCGACUUGAUCAUCCACGACUCGCUGCUCCAUCCAUUCCAUUACAUCUUUUACUCGGCCAUGGAAGUCCUCACGGAUGACUCGGUCACGGAUAUACACAUGUCGGAAGAUGAGGCGCUGUCGGUACUGUACCGCCUCGUGGAUGCGCUCGAGUACGUCGUGCCGUAUCCGCACUCUGAAAAAGUAUCGCUCUACAACUCGGUGGCCCAGGCCCAUAUUAGCAAUGGCGAAAUAGCCAAAGCGUCGGCCGCGUACACGCGUGCUUUGAAUGUGUGUGCCAUAGUGUUUGGCCCGAAAUGCAAAGAAACGAAGAUGUUCCAACGACUUAGUGAUAACACCCCCACGACUGUCGACGAAAUGGCUGCUGCGUACGGCUACGAAGUGGUGGACGAAGAAGAAGACGACGAGUAAUAAGCUUUAACAAAUAAUGACAGUUCGUCGACAUGAUGAUAUUUGAAGUGUAAA